AUGGAGUACUUACGCGCAAUGCUUGCAGUGUUUAUGAUGGCCAACCUAAUGCUCUAUAGAAACGUGGAUCUAACAUGCCACGAAGUCCACAAAGGCGAAAAGGGGGGAACAAUUCACAACCCAAUGUACCCGGACAAGGAUUUUGGUGACAAGUUCUGCAAUUAUCAGAUUAGUGUUCCUUCCAAUAAUCAAGCUGCUCUGAGCUUCCCAUUGAUUGAAUAUUUUUCUAAUAACAUGGCGAUCUUUGUAUUCGGCGGCCCCGAUUGUAUGUCCAGAUGGAUCGGAUACCAACGGCACCCGGAGAAUAAGCCACACAUUUCUCCUGGAAACAGUAUCACAGCAUUGCUGACUGUUCAACACAACGAUGAGCCUUGGCGAUUCGCAGGAAAUUAUUCCACGGUUUCUGGAAUGAAUGCAUCAACUCCGCAAACGGUUCAAGAUCACUGCGGAGGAGAGUUGAGUGGGCCAAAUGGAUUUUUGUCGUUCCGGCCGCAGCCAUCAUCUCCAGUUGUCUGCGUUUGGCGGAUCAUGGUAAAGCCAGGAAGAAAAGUGAAGCUCCUUUCACACUCCCUAUUUAUGCCUUCCCGCGGAUCUCGGUUACGUGUGUUAGACGGAAGCAACUGUGGAUGCAAUAUACUGAGAGAGCUUACUCAAUAUGAAAGAUUUCCUCAAAACGGCAUUGUCU